UUCAUUGUAUAAUACAUAACAUAAGAAGUACGGCCAUGCAGGACGUUGGAAGUCAAUCCAGGGACAUACCUGUGUUCUACCUGUUAGAGUUAACAUACCCUAGUAUAGAUAAUGUAUCCUUUGGUGGUGUACCACUGGAUAUAGAUACAGGGUCCAGAACAUAUUUUUAUGUCAGCGUUGCUGAUGGCAUUGGCAUUCCUUUAUUAAUUCGUUUGCGCAAUGUGUACGACUGGGAGAGCGAUGUAUUCCGUGGUUGCUGGCAGCAGUUAUGUGCGAUGUCCAGUGGAAGCCAGAACUACGCUGACAAGGGAUCGAUUCUAGAUGGCGCCAACGUAUCAUUGAACACAUCCAUGGUGUCUAUACCCAUGCCAAAUGACUUACGAGAAUGCAAUAAUUUUGGCGACAAUCAUGUUGAUUCUAGUAGGGACAUGGGCAGAUCGUAGUGUCUGCAUACUGCUUCCUCAGCUCCAUGGCUCUUGUUUAAUUAAACAUA